AUGAAUAACCCGGAAAGCAAUGGAAACAUCACCAAAAUAGAUUCAGGACAAUUGAACGUCAUCGACAUAGAUCAAAAUAUUUUCCUUAACAAAAACUCCUUUCCAGUAAACGAAUCGUACAGCCAAAAUGACAAUAAGACGGGCACAAAUGGAAACAUAAAAGAUGUAAGCAUAUAUAAAGAGAUGUACGAGGAAAGUAUUAACAAUCCAGAGCUAUUUUGGGGAAACAUUGCAAAAAAUAGUGUAAGGUGGUUUAAACUGUUCACCAAGGUAUACAUUGGGAAUUUUAAAAAAGGGAACAUUAGCUGGUUUGUUAAUGGAAAAAUUAAUGCAUGUGAUAAUUGUGUAGAUAGAUGGGUGGAAAAACACCCAAACAAAAUUGCAAUCAUAUGGGAAAAAGAUACACCAAAUGAUUUUAAAAAAAUAACUUAUCAAAAAUUGUUGGAAAGGACCUGCAAAAUUGCCAACUUAUUAAAAAUGUAUGGGGUAAAAAAACAAGAUGUGGUUACCAUUUAUUUACCAAUGAUCCCAGAAAUUGUGUAUACCAUGCUAGCAUGUGCUAGGAUAGGUGCAAUUCACAAUGUCGUGUUUGCAGGGUACUCUGCAGGCAGUUUGUGUGACCGUAUAUUAGACUCCAAUUCGAGUGUAUUAAUUACGAGCGAUUUUGGCAUGCGGGGAGGGAAACUAACCAAGCUCAAGCAAAUCGCGGAUGCCGCUAUGGAGAUGUGUGGCGGCGCCAUCAAGGUUUGCAUCGUUUUUAAAAACAAAACGAAGAUAAGUGACGCGAGUAGGGCAUUCCUGGAAAGCGCCUCUCAAAGUGCAGCUCAGGGCAGCGCGCACGGCAACGCACAGGGCAACGUGCACAACACAUCGCAGAGCGCAUCGCAGAGCGCAGCGCAAAGUCAGUUAUACCACUCAACCAGCGCCGACUUGAAAGGCGCUGAUAAUUUUCUUGCCCAGGGUGCAGCCCGCGUGAUAAAUAGCCAGCAGAAUGGCGUGAACCAAAGUGAGUACCAACAAAUGAACAACAACAAAUGGGACAGCGCAAAGGGUUACUUUAACUGCAAGCCCAGUCGAGAGGGGGACACUCCCUCCGCGUAUGCGUGCCCGCCGGGGGAGGGCGACUGCGUUGGCGGCGCGACGAGCCACCCCGCGGAGGAGUACACCAAUGAAGGUAAUCACGCGCAUCACGCGCAUCUCGGCCAUCACGAUCAUCGCGGCAAUUAUGAUAAUCACCAUAAUUAUGAUGAGCAUCACCACCAUCACAACCGUGACACCCAUGACAGUGGCCCCCAUGGAGACCUUCCCCGCUGCAACGCCCCCCUCGAGGAGAGCGCCAUCGGCGGUGGCACCAACGGCGGUGGCACGAACAGCGGUGGCAGCAAAGCGAAAGGUGUACACACCCUCCAUAAAAAAAUCUGCAAAAAUAACAACCUGGGGAAGAAGAACCCCGCUUCAGAUAAAACCCACUACAGUAACGAAAUUGGCAAUGGGCACGACAAGUGCAGUCGCGAGGGAGAGGCCACGAACAACAUGGGGAACAGAAGCAACCACUCCCUAGAAAAAGAGUCAUGUGAUUAUAUCAACUCAGUAAUGUGUAAAUCGUUCGUGGAAGCAUCAAAGGAGAGCAUACCCUUUGAAGGGAAAGGCUACCUUAGGAGUGACUCCAGGAAGAGCAAUUUUGACGAGAAUAUAUGCACUUUGAAGGAAGGCCGAGAUGUGGACGGUUCCGCCUUAAUAAAAAACAUGAGAGCCUACUGUCCAAUAGAAUACGUAGACAGUGAGGACUUCCUAUGUUUAUUAUACACAUCCGGCUCGACUGGAAAACCAAAAGGUGUAGCGCAUACAACGGCAGGGUAUUUGCUGUAUGCCUACACAACCUGCAAGUAUAUAUUUGACGUAACUGCAGAUGAUAUAUUUGGCUGCGUUGCAGACAUUGGGUGGGUAACUGGCCAUACGUAUGUUUUAUAUGGCCCCCUACUGAACGGAAUAACCACCGUCUUGUUUUCUUCCAUCCCGACGUACCCAGAUUGUGGUAGAUAUUGGAGUUUAAUAGAAACGCAUAAAGUUACCCAAUUUUACACGGCACCUACAGCACUUAGGGCGCUAAUGAAACAUGGGGAUUCUUACAUUGAAAAAUAUGACCUAUCGUCGUGCCGAAUUUUAGGGAGUGUAGGUGAACCAAUAAAUCCAGAGACAUGGAGAUGGUAUUACAACACUGUUGGGAAGAGAAAGUGUGUAAUUGUGGACACUUAUUGGCAAACAGAAACGGGAGGAAUUGUCAUUGCACCGAUACCCAAUUUAUUUAAAAUGAAACCUGGGUGUGCUAGUCUUCCAUUUUUCGGUGUCCAAUUAGAAAUUCUAGAUUCUAAAACUUUGGAACCUUUGAAUGGUCCUAAUGUUUGUGGUUUGUUAUGUAUCAAGAGCCCAUGGCCAGGUAUGCUAAGAACUGUCUAUGGGAAUCAUAACAGGUUAGUAAAAACUUAUUUUUCUUCCUGCCCCAAUUAUUAUUUUACUGGGGAUGGUGCGUAUAGAGAUGAAGACGGAUACUAUUGGAUAUCUGGGCGCAUUGAUGAUACUUUAAAUGUGUCCGGUCAUCGCCUAGGAGCUGCAGAAAUUGAGCAUGCCUUGGUGCAACACUCCUGCAUCGCGGAGGCAGCCGUUGUUUCGUUCCGCCAUGUUGUCAAGGGGGAGGGCAUUCUCUGCUUCGUCGUUAAAAAGGUGGGCGUCUCUAAAAAAUGGGGAGAGCUGGAGGGGGUGGAAGGGAGAGAAGCGAUAGAAGGGAGAGGCGCGAUAGAAUCACUCGACCACUGCGUUGAUCGCAAUGGAAACGCACCAAAUGCGAAUGCUCAUUUGUCACCCGCUUCCAACUUGGCCGAAAUGGACACCAUGCAUGUGAGUCACACGGAUGAAAACAUUAUAGAAGAAUUAAAGUUAUACGUUAGACGAGCCAUAGGUCCUAUUGCCACCCCGGAUCUCAUUUGCAUAGUGCCUGAUUUGCCUAAAACCAGGAGUGGAAAAAUCAUUAGGAGAAUACUAAGAUGCAUAGCGAACGAGUUAAACGAUUUUGGAGACAUUACCACCGUCGCGAAUCAUGAAGUUAUAGACAUUAUUGUUAACAAGUUUAGGGAUUCCAAGUUGAAGUGCCAGUUGGGGAAGUAA